AUGUCCACACCAGGGAGAAUGGCGGCAGCCACUCCCUCCCGCCCCGGCACUCCAAGCACGGCGUGGACGCAUUCCCCCCUGUCCGUCCGCGAGCGCGCCAUGCUCUGGUUCAUGAACGACGUCACCGAGCGGGAUGACUGGCGAGAGCUCGUGACCGACGACAGGACAAUGUUGGUCUGGGCGAGCUACCUGCCCAAGGACGGCAUGCUUGCUCGAACCUCCGGUCAAGCAACACCAUUCGAUGGCUUUCCCCAAGAUCUGUCCGUUGGAGGGUUCACGCCAGACAUGUUUAUGGCUUGUGUCCGGGAGCUGAGGGGCAUGGCGGGUGACCCCUUCGUCAUGGUCCUGGACGCCGACGCAUGUGUUGUGAAGGGCUCGCUGCCGAUCAACGAACAGGUCGCCCAAGCGAUCGGCCAGCUGGACACGAGUCGGAUAGGUGCGGUCAUGGAUCCCAUGGACUAUCCUCUCGUUCCCGUUACGCGCCGACAUACGGGCAUUUCGAGAUCCAAUUGUCUCGAAACGUUCGGCAUGGGUACGCUCAUUGAGCAAGGCAGCUUUACCCCGAUCCCGACCGAUGUAUCGUUUGCGGCCGACAGCUCAGCGCAGCUGGAGAGCUAUGUGUCGAACCUCCACCCUCGCCACGAGGAACAAUACGCGGCGCUGGAAACGAUCGUAGCAGCAGCGAUGCCGGCCCUAGUCACCGCGCUGGAGAGCACCUGGAUAGCCCCGCGACACCGGAUACCAUGGCAAGGCGCCGAGGCGAUGGUACAGUGCGGCACGCCGUCGCGAUGCCGAGGACACUGCUUCCCGCCGCAGGGCGCCGGCUCAGUGCAGGAGCGGCUCUUUGUUGACGCCCACUUGCCGCGGCCGCUGCAUCCUGCGCCCACCGCUGCGCUGCCGACCCCGACAUUCGAUGCUGAGACUCGCUCCUGGAUUCGAGGACGUCCUCGAGUCCAGGUUCUGUUCCGGAUCGAGCGACAUGCUGUGUCCCGAGGUUCUAAGCGACCGUUCGUCCGAGAGUGGGAGAAGGGACUGGGAGAGGCUGUAGCGAGCGCGGUGGUCGUGACGCGUGCAGAGAAUGUACACGCGACGCUUAGCUUUCGAGCUCCGCAAGGAGAGCUGCCCGACAUCGAUCUUCCAGUGCAGCGGGGCUCGGAAGUCGUACGCACCAUCAGAGAGCUGGCGCGCAUUAACUUCUAUGGCCACAUCGAGCCGCCAAAGUGGUGGGAGAAGGAUCGCAGGUUGUACCUCCCACUCGGUACUGUAGGCCUUACGUCGGGGAAGCUAGUGGCGUGGCCGAAGGUGCUGGACACGAAGCUCGAGGUCGAGUGUACCGGAGAAGGGGAGGGUGUGCUCGAGCUCGUGCAGGUCCUGUUAGUCGAUCCGCAUGAGAGGAUGAUGAGCACGAGCGAAAUCCCGCCUCAACGGGCUGACUGGAUGCCUUUCUCGGAUGGAGUGGAGGAGACGAUGUGCAACCUCCCCGCUGAGCUGAGGAAUAUUAUUUGGGCCAUGGUUGAGGAGGAGAGUGCGCCGUAUGGUCCCGAGGAGAAUGCAGCGUAUCGGCACAAGAUGCAGAAGGAGCGUGCUCCGACCACUCAGCCUUCUCGCACCAGCACACCCUCUCGACUCCCAACGCCCCGACAGAACAUCUUCUGA